CGCCGCUGCUGUGGCCUCCUCCUCUCGGCUCCCCGGCGCCCGGAUUCCACCACCCUUCUCCCGCACCCCUAAACCGAAGGACCACGCGCCCGCCGCUGCCGGCCUCUCGGCUUGCCCAUGAUCACCCGGUGCCUUUCAGCCGUGCGAGGCUUCCACAGAGUUGGUGGUUCCCGGAUUUUCUUCAGAAUGACUUUGGGAAGGGAAGUGACAUCUCACCUCCAGGCAAUGUCUUCCUACACUGCAGCUGGCAGAAAUGUUCUAAGAUGGGAUCUUUCACCAGAGCAAAUUAAAACCAGAACGGAGGAGCUCAUCUCGCAGACCAAGGAGGUGUAUGACACUGUGGGACUGCUUGGUGUGGAGGAAGUAACUUACGAGAACUGUUUGCAGGUGCUGGCAGAUGUAGAAGUGAAGUACAUAGUGGAAAGAACCAUGCUGGACUUUCCUCAGCAUGUGUCCUCUGACAAAGAAGUACGGGCAGCAAGUACAGAAGCAGACAAAAGACUUUCUCGUUUUGAUAUUGAGAUGAGCAUGAGAGAAGAUAUAUUUCAGAGAAUCGUUCAUUUACAGGAAACCUGUGAUUUGGAGAAGAUAAAGCCUGAAGCCAGACGAUACUUGGAAAAGUCAGUUAAAAUGGGAAAAAGGAAUGGACUCCAUCUUCCAGAGCAAGUACAGAAUGAAAUCAAAUCAAUGAAGAAAAGAAUGAGUGAACUCUGUAUUGACUUCAACAAAAACCUCAAUGAGGAUGAUACCUUCCUUGUAUUUUCUAAGGCUGAACUUGGUGCUCUUCCUGAUGACUUCGUUGACAGUUUAGAAAAGACAAAUGAUGACAAGUAUAAAAUAACCUUAAAAUAUCCACACUAUUUUCCUGUCAUGAAGAAAUGUUGUGUCCCUGAAACGAGAAGGAAGAUGGAAAUGGCUUUUCAUUCAAGAUGCAAAGAGGAAAACACUGUAAUCCUGCAACAGCUACUCCCACUGCGGGCCCAAGUGGCCAAGCUUCUGGGUUACAACACACAUGCUGACUUUGUCCUUGAACUCAACACUGCCAAGAGCACAAGCCAUGUGACAGCCUUUCUAGAUGAUCUAAGCCAGAAAUUGAAACCCCUGGGUGAGGCAGAACGAGAGUUUAUUUUGAAAUUGAAGAAAAAGGAAUGUGAAGAGAGAGGUUUUGAAUACGAUGGGAAGAUCAAUGCUUGGGACCUCCAUUACUACAUGACGCAGACGGAGCAGCUCAAAUACUCCAUAGACCAAGAGUUUCUCAAAGAGUACUUCCCAAUUGAGGUGGUCACCCAAGGCUUGCUCAGUAUCUACCAGGAGUUGCUGGGACUUUCAUUUGAGCAAGUAACAGAUGCCCAUGUUUGGAAUAAAAGUGUUACACUUUACACUGUGAAGGAUAAAGCUACAGGAGAAGUGUUGGGACAGUUCUACCUGGACCUCUACCCAAGGGAGGGAAAAUACAAUCAUGCCGCCUGCUUUGGUCUACAGCCUGGCUGUCUUCUCCCUGAUGGCAGCCGGAUGCUGUCUGUGGCGGCCCUUGUGGUGAACUUCUCACAGCCAGCAGCAGGGCGGCCCUCUCUUCUCAGACACGACGAGGUGCGGACUUACUUCCAUGAGUUUGGUCAUGUCAUGCACCAGAUUUGUGCACAGACUGACUUUGCACGGUUUAGUGGAACAAAUGUGGAAACUGACUUUGUAGAGGUGCCAUCACAAAUGCUCGAAAACUGGGUGUGGGACAUUGAUUCCCUCCGAAGGUUAUCAAAACAUUAUAAAGAUGGAAGUCCCAUUACAGACGAGCUGCUUGAAAAGCUGGUUGCUUCUAGACUGGUCAACACAGGUCUUCUGACCCUACGCCAGAUUGUGUUGAGCAAAGUUGAUCAAUCUCUCCAUACCAACACAUCGCUUGACGCCGCAAGUGAAUAUGCUAAAUACUGCACAGAAAUUUUAGGUGUUGCAGCUACUCCAGGCACAAAUAUGCCAGCUACUUUUGGACAUUUGGCUGGAGGAUAUGAUGGCCAAUAUUAUGGAUAUCUUUGGAGUGAAGUAUUUUCCGUGGACAUGUUUUAUAGCUGUUUUAAAAAAGAAGGGAUAAUGAAUCCAGAGGUUGGAAUGAAAUACAGAAACCUAAUCCUGAAACCUGGGGGAUCUCUGGACGGCAUGGACAUGCUCCAGAAUUUCUUGAAACGCGAGCCAAACCAAAAAGCGUUCCUAAUGAGUCGAGGCCUGCACGCUCCGUAAACUGGGGAUCUUUGGCUGUGGUCCACGUCUGGAGGACGAGCCCACCACACCAGGCGGGACCCACCUGGAAACCGAAGCGAACUUUGCAAAUGAAAACUUAGAUUUCUAUUGACUUGCUUUUGCUUUUUAAUUUAAAAAUUAUACAGAUGUAAAUGGAAUUAUAAAUACUGUGACCUAAGAAAAGAUCCACUAGAAGAUAAUUGUACUAUAAAAUUUCAUAAAAAUUAAUUUGAUUUCUUUUGAUAAAAGUUUCAUAUGAAUGUAAUUUGAUUUUUUACUGUUGUAAUCUAGAUAAUGUAAUGUAAGAGGGCUAAGAUUUUUUAAAUUGAAUCAUAUACAUGAUAUAAUUUGAUCCUUCUUAGAUCUUGAAAUUUUGUACUUGAGAUUUCUGGAUCAAUAAGUGGAUCAUCAUGUUCUUCUGGCACAGAUUUUCUUGGAGCUGUACAUCAACUUUGACCCUCUCUGUCUCAUAGUUAGGUGUGACCUUGCCUGUGCCUGCAUACCUCAAGGCCAGGAGAAUAUGCCUCAGUAAAGCAUUUAGCUUUGUAAACCAGGCCACGUGAUUCUUAUCUUGAAUUACAUUUCUCCAUCUGGGUUUGUUUUUCUCUCUGAAGUCCAGCUCGAGAGCAUCAGAAACUUUUUAGCUUUAACUGAACUGGCUUAAUGUACAUUGUCCGUGCUGUAUCUUACAUUCGAGGCUCAAUUCCAGUUCAGCAGGCAAGAUUGUCAGUUUUCUGGUAGAGCUGUCUACAAGAACAGUAAAGUGAGUCCGGGCAGCUGUUUUGAUUUUCGCGUUUCUAGUAAAGGAUAGUGACUCCACCUCCCUGACUGUCCACCUCCCCCAGAGGAGCGGGUGGACACAUCACAGUGGCUGUUCAGAGCGCCCUGGGAAGACAGCUGACCCCACAUACAGCAUUGAGUAUAAUAGGAGUGCUCAGGAAGAGCGUUUGAGGACAGCGGCUCUGAAGUGUGAUGUGUGCUAACCUCAGCCCUGGGGACGGGCUCUUCAGUAGGCUGUUUUGUGUGAUGAUUUUUAUUUUAAGUGAACCUUUGGAUCUCUUUACUGUGGGCCUGAAUUCCAAUUGAGCAGCACAGCUGUGAGCUCACAGUACUUGUUUUUCCUCUAGGAGUCUACUCAGUAAGGAAACCUUGGUUUCUAGGAGAGUAAAAAAGAAAACGUCUUGCAAUUGUUCCCAAUACACACCUGAGGAAUGACUGCAGGUCAGGGACAAAAUUAGAACCUCUUUGUUCUCUAGUCCAAAUGGAUCUUGUGUUACAUUUUUUAAAAAUUACUGUGUUCCAUAAUAAAGUUAUAGACAACAGGGGAAAUCAAGAGCUAUAGCACAAGGAAAUUUUUUUUUUUUCUUUUGUGGUGCUGGGGAUAAAACCCAGGGCCUCCUCACACAUGCUAGGUGAGUGCUACUUACCCCACAAGCUGUUUUUAUGGUAGUCUUAGCAACCUCUGGAAGUUUUCUCAUAGCUUCCCCCCACCCCCAGACUCUUGUUUUCCACUUUCAGGCAAGAAACUACUCCCUUCAGCUUUUUCCAUCGCCCAGGAUGUCUCCUUCACAAUACCUUUAGUUUAAAUUGCAUUUCACAUGGAAAAGCUGAUAAAUGCUGUGGAAAACACUUACACAGUAAAGUUAGAUUAUUAUCCAUGAGAAUGAGCUCACAUUUCUUUCAGACUUUAAUGUUAAAUUCUAACACAGGAAAACAUGCUGGUGUUCUUUUGUUGUUGUUUUAGGUCUUCCUGUAAUAUCUAAACUCUACCAAAGAACAGCAAACAGCAAAAUCAAAUACAUUUUAAAAAUUCACCAUUAUGAUUCAAAAGGAAGGACUUCCUUUUUAAAGCCUUCUUCAGUGGGGCCACCCAUUGGUUUGUCCCACCCCCAUCAAAGCAUGGAGUGUCACUGAGGUGCCCUGAAUGGAAGAUAACAUAAAGACUGUGAUUGGGCACACUCACACUUCAGACCGAUGGGCUGAGCCAUACAUAAUGAAGUGUUGAUUGCUGAUUGAGGAUAUUUCAGAUUCUUUUCAGACACCGUUAUGUUGCUAAGGGCAAGUUCUUAAAAUAUGCCAAAAUAUAGUGCAUACAGUUCCUAAAGGUUUGAUUUUAAGAUGCUGCAGAGAAUGGAAAGGAAGGUCUUGAUGUCAUACCUUCUAAAAUGGACUUUCCCUCUGGAAUAAAAUUGCAUGAUACAUGGAUACCUGAAAUGGUCUUGAAGAGUUACCACCCGAGCUAUUUAUGCCUGAGUCUUGCCUUUCUAAAGCUAAUAGAAUGAAAUACCUGUCAUUCUUUAGACAGUGAACUGCUUUGUACAGAAGGCUAAAAUCAAGAAAGCAGUUCUUCAAAGAAAAAUUACUGAUAUGAUUUUUGUACUUGUAAAUGUCUUCACUUGUAGGGAAUGACUUAAUUUUCUACUUUACCACUUUGCCUUUAGCUUUUGUGUGUGAAUUAAAGUUCUGUGGAGAUCUUGCCUUCCCACUGGAUCAACUGGUUUGCAUAUGACUGUUUUGGGGGUUUUGUUUCAUUGGGGUUUUUUUCUGUCAUACACAAAAAGAAUUUUCCAUGCAAGGAAAUUGCAUCAAGACAGUGUCUUAGUUUGGACUGCUAUAACAAAAUACCUACCAUAGACUAAGUGACCUCAGAAACAGACAUACAGCUGAUCAUGGUGAUACAUGAAUAUAGUCUUAGCACUUGGGAGGCUGAGGCAGGAGGAGCCAUGCCAGCCUGGGCUACCUAGCUAAACCUGGUUCAGACUCACACAUACACACACACACUGACAACCCACAUACGUCUCACGGUCUGGAAGCUGGGAAGUCCCAUACUCUUGGUGCUGGUAAAUUUAAUCCUUGGUGAGGCCCCUUGGUUUGCAAGCAGUCCUGUGGUGUCUUCUGAGAACACGAAUUCCAUCUUCAGGGAAUUGGUCAUUAUCUAAACCUAAUUACCCCAAA